CUGUGAAGCUUCCUUGUCCUGGCCCUGGCUGACAUCUCUUUGAUAACAGAAGGGUUUCCCUAUGCUUUUGCUGAUGUUGGGGUUGGUGAAAGGAAUGUUAACACGACGACCACGUCGCCUCCCUCGUCCUUUUUGCUCGUACACUUGUCUCGUGUGGUGCAACCUCUUGUUUUAUCGUGGCCUGGCCAAUCCGUAUCCGCGUACUGAGGAUCCGUGUACCCUGCGAUGAUCUGCUGGCACGCACUAUGGGGGGAAGGAGAAGAACUUUGGGCAUGGCAUAACUUAAGACUCUGUGCAUAAUCAGAACUGACUCUUACUGGGGAGUGAGUGAGUUUUCUUUGAAAUGAUGCGAUGUGUUUUACUCGCCGGCAUGAAACUUGAAUCGAGAGAUAUUUCCAAGACCUUCAUUCAACUCGCCCAUUCAAACACCAUACAGCAAUUUUUCCAGUCCUGUUGUGUCGGUGGCUGUGAUUCGAGGUCUGCAGCGUGCCUUGGAGAGAGAGAGCCGCAAGCAGUUAGCCCUGCGCCGCCCUUACACUGGAUCGUCCGCCAAUGCACCAUACAGUACCCAAAACUCGACUCGCCCUCCAUUGGUCGUUCCGGCCUUGUCAAAUUAUCCACUAGCCAGCCAGCCGAACCCUCGUCACCACUCACCACUGGCCACUCACCCGUGCACGAAAUCCCCGUCCGAGUUCCUGUUUCCUUGCACAAUCUUCUUCCCAAGCUCCACUUUCUUUAUCUUCCCUCACUCCCAAAAGACAUUCGUUUGUCCGCUUUACUCUCAAACCUAAUAUCGUCCUCCAGCUGCGUCGAGGACUUUACUGUCGCUAUUUCGACUUUGCGGACGACUUCUUGCGAGGAUAAUGCGUGCAGUCGAGAUAUCCCGGUAGUCAUUCACCGUCUGCGGCUACAAUUUCUAUACCCUCGACUUCAACCGCCAACCAUACCCCAGCUACACCGAAAAUAAAUACUCUACGCGCCCAAUUACAACGGUCAGCGUUCAUCGGAUCAAUCCAUCUGCCACAACGCCUGUCGUUUCGAUUUGCGUCGGAAACACUGGGGAAAUAGGGCCAGACGUUUCGAUACGUUUGUCGCUUGAUCGCCUGGAGGCUGGGACGCAUAAUACGAGGU